GGGCAGAAAAACUGCUGUCUUAAGGAACGAGUUUACUACGACAAUCCAGUGGUACCUUAUUUUCCUGGCACCAUGUCGUCGUGCGGCACCUUUUGAUCGCAAGAUCCUAGAGGACUAAUAAUGGUCCAACGUCCAGAAAAAGAAUCCUAUCGAAUUUGGACAAAAAUUCCAAAAGUUUUAGAUAACUGUCGGGUCCUUCGAUACUGGUAUUGAUGUAAUUAUUUGCUGUUUUGAAAUAGUAAUACAUUGUUAUUGUUGCAAGAUUUAUAUUUUACUAGGGAAUAGGGAUCUAAAUAAGUUAGAAACGUUCCAAAUACUAAUAGGCCCGCUGACAAUAAAUUAAGUAGUUCAUUCAUUUCAAUGUAGACCAAACGUCUUGGAAACACGGUAGUUCAAACGAAUUCUUAAUUAAAAAAUAAACAGUCAAAAUGGAGUAAAAAGAGAUUGUUACAAAAAGAAUAAUAAGUAGAGCGUAAAAUAUGCGUACUAGACCUACAGUUAUUAUUAUUCUUAAUAUAUUUACAUUUUAUUAAUUUCGUUAUAUAAGUAGAAACAAGGAAGUACAAAAAAUUCAAUAACAAAGAUGAGCAGGUUCGCAGAUUAUUUUAUUAUUUGUGGUUUAGAUUUUAAUUCCGGACUGGAACCCGAUAAGCUUUCUGGGGAUAAUUUACACGCUUCUCCGCUCGAACGAUCGUACAAAAACAAAGUUUUGGCUCACUAUCCGAAUAAUGUGUCUACAAAUCCUUUUGAUCCAUCUGCUGUGUGCAUGUUGUGUCUUCCAAAUGGUCUAAGAUUUCGUACACAAAAGCACUCGGUUACACAGGCUCCCACAUUUCAUUCCUUUCUCAUAACUAGGGAAGACGGCAAGAGAUGUUACGGUUUUAGCUUGAUAUUCUAUGAAGAAGUACGUAAUCGUGAUAUAUGUACGGCGAUGCAAACCCUGCAGGCAAUGUAUGUCACGGAAUUAUCAAGCUGUUUGAAAAUUAAAGCAGUUCAAGAGAUUCAAAAUGGACCACAGACUCGCUCCCUACCUAAACAUUUUAAAUUAAGUAAUAAUCCCAUUGGUACCGCAUUAGGAUAUUAUGACAUUACGAAAGAUAAAUUAUUUGUAUCGAAAAGUAUAGCGAUUCUAACGCAGAUUCCGUAUGUACACGCUUCGAAAUUAUUUUUAGAAAACUUAUACCGAUGUAUACCAAAGCGAUGUUCUUCUGUAAAUACUCUUAGCCUCGAUAGUUUCGUUUUUAAUGUUUUAUACGAAGUACAGUUACCUACACAGGGGAAAAGCAUUUUGAUACAUCUUCCGCCGUCAGAUCCUCAACUUCCGCUGAGCAAUGUCGUGUUGCAGUGCCCAGUGUUUCCUUUAGAACUACCUCAUUUUGAUUUUCCGCUAAGGUGUAUGUUUUUAUGGUUAGGUGUCGACAUAGUGGUACAACUAUUUACUUGCCUUUUACUUGAAAAUCAGGUCCUUUUAAAGAGCGCAGAUUGCCAAAGAUUAAUGAUUGUCGCCGAAGGUAUAACGACUUUACUAUUUCCCUUCACUUGGCCCCAUGUGUACGUGCCAAUCUUGCCAGCAUCCUUAGAACACUUUCUGGAUGCACCCGUACCUUUUGUAAUGGGAUUGUAUGCGACUUCAGAUAACAUUAAGAUGGCGUCAGAAGCUAGUUUGUGUUACGUAGAUUUAGACAAAUGUAAGGUACAAUUACCUGAAGAAAUGGCAGCUUUCCCUCAUUUGGACGCUUUCAGUGCCGAGAUUUGGGCCGCCCUUGACAAACAUACGGUUCAUGUUCCGAAUUCAGAAAAUAAUAGAUCGUGGCAGGAAAUAACAUCACGAACUAGUAUUCUUCCUGGAAGGUCUUUAAACCGCCGUAAACUCUCCAUGCAUGACACGAUAGAAUGCGAUCGACCACCUUCUCCGCCAGGCUCAGCACGAUCUGAAGCCUUACAGCGAAUUGCAGACAUUGUACGGCGUACGGGGGUCACUCUAGACAGAACUGAAAGUACCCAACCAUCUGACUCUUACAUCGAAGAUCUACGGUUCAAUAACAGUAUAAGAGAAAUUUUCCUGAACCGUUUCGUUCACAUAUUUCAGUCUUAUGAAAACUUCAUUAUUUUACCCAAUCAGCGCGACAAAGACGAUUGGUUCAAUAAUAGAGAUUCCGUACAGAAUUUCGACAAGGCCGCGUUUUUAUCGGACCAACCCGAGCAACAUCGCCUAUUCCUAUGGCGUUUUCUAGAGACGCAGAUGUUCGCGACAUUAAUCGACAAUAAAAUUUUAUCCGUAUGGGGCGAAAUCGAUAACAAUCUAAUCAUUUUCGACAAUCGAAUAAAAUACUUGAAACAGCGCUACGGCGGAGAAAAUCUAAUGAGAUCGCUGACGUACGAGCCCUGCACGAGCGCGCACGAGACUCAAAAAUUGUUAGACUACCGAAUGGCCAAUCCGGACUUCGAGUCACCGACGCCGAAGGAAAUAUUACAUCAUAAACCGAACAUCUCGCGCUAUUUUCCCCUGCUCGACGAGGAAAUCUUGAAUAAGACCCCGGUUGUGAAUAAAGGCAGCAUACCUAGGGCAAACGCUCACAAAAAAAUCGGUACGAAAAUGUCCGUUUUGACGAUCGAUAAAAGCGCAACGAAGACUAGCAACGCUCAAGAUGUGUCACCCGCAUUACUAGCGCAAGCGAACUGGACUUUUGUCGAGAAAUUGCUUAAGGACUGCAAGUCUAAAACGAAACGAAUGCUACUCGCGAAAUUGGGCGCCGAAGGUGUUACGCUUUCAAGCAACAAUGCGGUCGACAACUCAGGUGCUGUCGAGGAGAGCACUUUGGUCGCAUCACUUUGUGAUUUUCUGGAACGAGUUUGGUCUCACGGUCUGCAGCGGAAAAGAGGAAAGUCGGCGUUGUGGUCCUACUUGUUGGCCUAUCAGGAACAACACAAGCAUCCUGCGAAAAUUGAAAAUCAGUACUUGUCACCUGCUGAAAUGUCGAGACUCGCACUUCGUCUGGAAAAUUGGUCUAGUCCGAGUACGGAAAAUAAAAGUUUUAAUUCCGAAAUGCCUCCAUUUCCGGAGUCCCUACUGUUCGAUAUGGCUAAUGUACAAGCGAUGUCGGAUGUUAAAACAGGAGUUGGAAUGGCAAGAGCGUGGGUUCGUUUGGCGUUAGAGAAGAAGCAGCUUUCGAAACAUUUAAAUACAUUGUUGUCAGAUCAUAAUUUGUUACGUAGCAUGUAUAAGCGGUCCGCGUUUGCGCGGUGCGAGGAGGAAAGGGAACAAUUUUUAUUUCAUUUGCUCUCUUUAAAUGCGGUUGAUUACUUUUGUUUUACAAGUACCUAUCCUACUACUGUGAUAACCUACCGAGUGGUAAUAUUUCCAAGCCGCAAGGGAACCAUGACUUCUGCUAAUGUCUGGGUCGUUUUAUCAGGGACUUUAUCUGAAACACAACGCGUGCCUAUUCCAAAGUCAACGCUGAACUUUGAAUUUAGACAUCAAAAUCUGGGGGUCUUAACAACAUUAAGAAUCGGUCACGAUAAUACCGGCUUAUCCGCAAAAUGGCUAAUCGACUACAUUCUCGUUCGCAACGAAAUAACGGGCCAUACUUACAAAUUUCCGUGUGGUCGGUGGCUGGGUCGAGGAGUCGAUGACGGUUCGACAGAGAGACUAUUGGUCGGAAAUCUACUCAAGAAACAGAUUGAGGGAGAUGAAAUCUCAGGCAUAAAAACGGGCAGCAGCGUUCACACGUUACCAAGAUGUCGAUCGCCUGGUCCGCUCCGAUCUAUAGAGUUAAAACCCUCACAAAUUCAGCAUAUGCUAGGUGACUGUGUAAAUAGGAUCGUGAAGUGGCAUUACAGGCGAGGAUCAGAAAGGCACACGACACUUACAGCUUUGUUAUGUGGCGAAUCUGGAUUGGUGCAUUGUUUGGAGCUUGUGUUUCUAUUGGGGUUUAAGUCGGCUCGAUUGUUCGCCCGAAAUCACUAUUUGUGGGAUUAUUUUGUUCGUGUGAAAGAACAAUUUGAAGUUGAUUUACUAGAACAAGGAUCUGGUGGUCGCACUUCCAGUCUUGAACGUAAUCACCAAGAGACCGUCGCCGUUUGGAGGUGCUACUGUCAUUUAGUAGACGAAAUACAUGGUGCUAGUCAAGCUUUGGGAAAGGACGGGAAGUUUCAACUGUUUAUAUGUCUGAGUGUCAGGGAGCAUCUACUGCACAGGAUGCUGUUACCGAUGGCCGUAUGUAGGACUACUAUGGACAUGUACGAGGAAAAUUCCUUCUUGCGUAAUCGGGGUCUGUUGACUUUUUUGCGUCAAAUUUUAUUGCCGUUAGAUGAAUUAGAUGUCGUGUUGGAAAAUUCGGUCACGCACGGGAUAUCGUCUCCGUCGACGCACACAUAAAAAUUGUCUAGUCUAAAGUGAAAACUACCGUUAUCACUUACAAUAUUUACAGCGGGAUUAGGAGUGAUAUUUAGUUAUGUAAGUUAAUUUGCAAUAAUGUACAAAUUUCCAUGACAAUGGUCGCUAUAAUUUUGAUAAUGAAAUACUAUUUCUUUUAACUCUAUUUUGAGAAAUCAGAUUGUGAUGGUCAUUUCAAUCGUUUGUUAUUUUUGUAAUAGUUUUAAAAAUUGAAUAGUUAAACAUGUCUUCUGAUUGUAUUUAUUGUGCAUGUCAGAUUUAUUGUGAUAGAUUUAGAAAAGGUAGGUAGUAAUGAGUUCUUUAAACGAUCUUGCCAGUAAACUGAAUGUUAUUUAUUUAACCGGCCGUUAUAGGCCAACCCGGUGUGUUUUGUUAUUACCUCCUUAAUUUUGGGACAUUUCAAUAACUUGCCUUCAAUCCUCAGAGUCAUGUGAUCCUUAUUUUAUAUCUAAUAUAUUUCUAUUAACUUGUAAUGAAUUUGCCAAACCACUUUAAGGGGUUAGUCUUGUUGAUCUGAAAAUUUGAGUCUGAUAUUUAUUGAACUACUAAUUAUUACUAAACAUGUGUAAAAUUGAAACCUACUCUUACAAUAAAGUUUUAGUGUUUAUUAGUGCUGUGGGAAAAUAGUUGGCUCAGAUGAAGUAAAUAUAAAUAAUAAAAUAUUAAACGAUAUUACAAGCUAUUUGAUGGUAGGUCUGAUUGUGGUUGUAGCAUUUAGGGAAAGGUUUUAUUUUAUUAUAAAAUUAUAAACUAGUACAGCAUAAUAUUAAGAUUUGUACGUAUUAUGACAGUGCCAUAAUUUUAUUUUUAAUGUCUGAAUAAAUUAUCUUGUUUCCUA